AUGCUGGUGCUCUGGCAUUGUUCGCUGAGUCUGACGCCCUGUCGUAGAAGGGCCAGAUCGAUGUCUCUCACGUUUUCUUCGACGAAAGUAUUGUUUUUUCAUUUAAAAAAAAAGUCACUUUCUCACUGUUUAUUUCUCUCUGUGGCACACUCUCUUUCUAGCGUGCUUCUAUUUAGUCUGUUUCUCUCUCAUUCACUGGCUCCCACUCGGUCUGUUUUCCCCCUCUCUGUCACCCAUUUCCACUCGGUCUGUUCCCCCCUCUCUGUCACCUGCUCCCACUCGGCCUGUUUCCCCCCGCUCUCUGUCGCCCGCUCCCACUCGGCCUGUUUCCCCCCGCUCCCUUUCGGCCUGUUUCCCCCCUCCCUUUCGCCUGUUUCCUCCCGCUCCCUUUCGGCCUGUUUCCCCCCUCCCCACGACAGCCUGUCUCCCCGCUCUCUGUCGCCGGGCUCCCCUCGGCCUGUCUCCCCCGCUCUCUGUCGCUGGCUCCCCCGGCCUGUCUCCCCCGCUCUCUGUCGCCGGCUCCCCUCGGCCUGUCUCCCCCCGCUCUCUGUCGCCCGGCUCCCCUCGGCCUGUCUCCCCCCCUGUCCGGGCUCCCACUCGGCCUGUCUCCCCCGCUCUCUCGCCGGCUCCCCUGUCGGCCUGUCCCCCCCUCUCUGUCGCCGGCUCCACUCGGCCUGUCUCCCCCCCCGCUCUCUGUCGCCGGCUCUCGGCCUGUCUCCCCCCUCUCUGUCGCCGGCUCCCCUCGGCCUGUCUGCUCUCUGUCGCCGGCUCCCCUGGCCUGUCCCCCCCCGCUCUCUGUCGCCGGCUCCCACUCGGCCUGUCUCCCCCCGCUCUCUGUGCCCCUCGGCCUGUCCCCCCGCUCUCUGUCGCCGCUCCCCUCGGCCUGUCUCCCCCGCUCUCUGUCGCCGGCUCCCCUCGGCCUGUCUCCCCCCCCGCUCUCUGUCGCCGGCUCCCACUCGGCCUGUCCCCCCCCCGCUCUCUGUCGCCGGCUCCCCUGGCCUGUCUCCCCCGCUCUCUCGUCGCCGGCUCCCCCUCGGCCUGUCUCCCCCCCUCUCUGUCCGGUCGCCGGCUCUCCCUCGGCUCCCCCUGGCCUGUCUCCCCCGCUCUGUCGCCCCCCUCGGCCUGUCUCCCCCCCCCGCUCUCUGUCGCCGGCUCCCCUCGGCCUGUCUCCCCCCCCGCUCUCUGUCGCCAUCCCCUCGGCCUGUCUCCCCCCCUCUCUGUCGCCGGCUCCCCUCGGCCUGUCUCCCCCCUCUGUCGCCGGCUCCCCCUCGGCCUCUCCCCCGCUCUCUGUCGCCGGCUCCCCUCGGCCUGUCUCCCCCCCCCGCCUGUCGGCCCCCACUCGGCCUGUCUCCCCCCCGCUCUCUGUCGCCGGCUCCCCUCGGCCUGUCUCCCCCCCUCUCUGUCGCCGGCUCCCCUCGGCCUGUCUCCCCGCUCUCUCUGUCCCGGCUCCCCUCGGCCUGUCUCCCCCCCCCGCUCUCUGUCGCCGGCUCCCCUCGGCCUGUCCCCCCCGCUCUCUGUCGCCGGCUCCCUCGGCCUGUCGGCUCUCUGUCGCCGGCUCCCCUCGGCCUGUCUCCCCCCCCUCUCUCUGUCGCCGGCUCCCCUCGGCCUGUCUCCCCCCCACUCUCUGUCGCCGGCUCCCACUCGGCCUGUCUCCCCCCCCCCGCUCUCUGUCCCGGUCUCCCCCCCCCCCCGCCCGCUCUCUGUCGCCGGCUCCCACUCGGCCUCCCCCCCCGCUCUCUGUCGCCGGCUCCCCCCCUGUCUCCCCCCCUCUCUGUCGCCGGCUCCCCUCGGCCUGUCUCCCCCCCCCUCUCCUGCCGGCUCCCCUCGGCCCUCCCCCCCGCUCUCUGUCGCCGGCUCCCCACUGGCCUGCCUCCCCCCCCCUCUCUGUCGCCGGCUCCCACUGGCCUGUCUCCCCCCCCUCUCUGUCGCCGGCUCCCACGGCCUGUCUCCCCCCGCUCUCUGUCGCCGGCUCCCACUCGGCCUGUCUCCCCCCGCUCUCUGUCGCCGGCUCGGCCUGUCUCCCCCCUCCUGUCCCCGGCUCGGCCUCUGUCUCUGUCGCCGGCUCCCCUCGGCCUGUCUCCCCCCGCUCUCUGUCGCCGGCUCCCACUGGCCUGUGGCUCUCUGUCGCCGGCUCCCUCGGCCUGUCUCCCCCCCCUCUGUCGCUGGCUCCUGCUCGGCCUGUCUCCCCCCUCUCUGUCGCCGGCUCCUGCUCGGCCUGUCUCCCCCGCUCUCUGUCGCCGGCUCCCCUCAGCCGUCUCCCCACUCUCUGUCCUGGCUCCCCGGCCUGUCUCCCCUCUGGUCCCCCCCGCUCUGUCGCUGGCCCCCACUCUCUGUCGCUGGCUCCUGCUCGGCCUGUCUCCCCCGCUCUCUGUCGCCGGCUCCCACUCGGCCUGUCUCCCCCCCCCUCUGUCCCGGCUCCCCUCAGUUUCUAUUUCUUUUUACUGUCUCCUUUCAUUGAAUCUUUUUUCAUCAUACCCUUCAGCUGAGUUGAAUAUAUUGUUCGACAACAUUUCUUUCUCUCUCUUUUUCUUUCUCUCUCUUUUUCUUUCUCUCUCUUUUUCUUUCUCUCUCUUUUUCUUUCUCUCUCUUUUUCUUUCUCUCUCUUUUUCUUUCUCUCUCUCUCUCGUUCUCGCUUUCUCUCGUUUUCACUUUCUCUCGUUCUCUCUUUUUUCUCUCGUUCUCUCUUUUUUUCUCUCGUUCUCUCUUUUUUUCUCUCGUUCUCUCUUUUUUUCUCUCGUUCUCUCUUUUUUCUCUUUUCUUUUUUCUCUUUUCUUUUUUCUCUUUUCUUUUUUCUCUUUUCUUUUUUCCCACUCUUUCUUUUUUCCCUCUUUCUUUUUUCUCUUUUUCUCCUUUUUUCUCUUUUUCUCUUUUUUCUCUUUUUCUCUUUUUUCUCUUUUUCUCCUUUUUUCUUUUUCUCCUUUUUCUCUUUUUCUCUCUUUUUCUCUCUUUUUCUCUUUUUAUUCUUUCUUUUUUCUCUUUUUUUUCUUUUUUUCUCUUUUUCUCUUUUUUUCUGUCUUUCUUUUUUCUCUUUUUUUCUGUCUUUCUUUUUUCUCUUUUUUCUCUCUUUCUUUUUUCUCUUUUUCUCUUUCUUUUUUCUCUUUUUCUCUCUCUUUCUUUCUUUUUUCUCUCUUUCUUUCUUUUUUCUCUCUUUCUUUUUUUCUCUUUCUCUCUCUUUCUUUUUUCUCUUUCUCUCUCUUUCUUUUUUCUCUUUCUCUCUCUUUCUUUUUUCUCUUUCUCUCUCUUUCUUUUUUCUCUUUCUCUCUUUCUUUUUUCUCUUUCUCUCUCUUUCUUUUUUCUCUUUCUCUCUCUUUCUUUCUUUUUUCUCUUUCUCUUUCUUUCUUUUUUCUCUUUCUCUCUCUUUCUUUCUUUUUUCUCUUUUUUCUUUCUUUUUUCUCUUUUUUCUUUCUUUUUUCUCUUUUUUCUCUUUUUUCUCUCUUUUUUCUCUUUCUUUUUUCUCUCUUUUUUCUCUUUCUUUUUUCUCUCUUUUUUCUCUUUUUUCUCUUUUCUCUCUUUUUUCUCUUUUCUCUCUUUUUCUCUUUUCUCUCUUUUUUUCUCUUUUCUCUCUUUUUUCUCUUUUCUCUCUUUUUUCUCUUUUCUCUCUUUUUUCUCUUUUCUCUCUCUGUCUUUCUUUUUUCUCUCUUUCAUUAUCAUUCUCUUUUUGUAUUUCUUUCUUUAUCUUUCUCUUGCUUUACAGCUAAGUCUAACUUCCUUACUUAA